AUGGCUGCGCCGAAUCGUCCUACAGCUAGAUGCCCUCCCUCCCGGCAGGUCCGAGGAACGAGGCUUAAUACAAUAAUCGAGGAUUCACGCGAGACGCAAUUUUCAGACAAGCCUGGGCAUAGUCCAACCGAUAAUGGUCAAAGGAGUCCGGCGCCGCAAUUGAAACUUAGGACCACUGGUCUGUCGUCACAGGCGGCCCCGCGGCAAAGGUUCCUGUCGCCGCUCUCUGGGAGCUCGGUCUCAUGUUGUUCGGAUGAAGAUUGGCAAGAGCAGAUGAACAAAUUUGAUGAUCUCUAUGAUGCCACGGACGAUGACUCGGAUUUCAGUGACGAGUGUGGGUCGUAUUCUAGCACUCGGCCCACGAGCAUGGCAACGCCCACAACAGCGAGGGAUUCGGUGGGAUCUCAAGGCUCCCGAAGACGGUACCCAUCUAUUGAUAUUCCCUCGUCGAACUUAUGGCCAUCACUCAACGGUGCUCCGAAGAGCUCACCAGUUCCACCGACUCCGCCGCAAAAGAUUCCUGUUUCGCCAGCCGCUCUCUCGCUGCUUUCACGCUCAGUGCCGGCAAUGCACGCGACGCCGUCGUUAGAUGGUAGUGUGUCGUCAGACCAAGUGUCCAACCUUAGCACUCCAUCCACACCGUCCUUACAGUCUCUCCCAGACACCGACUGGAACUCGCGUGGGAUUCACGUUCUUCCAGAUCUCGAGGCAGAUGUGCAUCACUCGGAUCUCGACAACUCAGAGGCUGCCGAGGAGGUACCGCGUAUUGAGGUACCAAUCGAAAGUGCUGACGACGAUUGGCGGCGGUUUAUUGGAGAUUUCCCACAGAUAACCGGUCAAACCACGCCGACUGCCGGUUACUUUGCAGAAGCUGAGCCUCCACGGGGGGAUACACCUUCCGAUCAAGGGGUUGCUCUCCCCGAGGGCGCUCUCGCGACACUGCAGUUCAUUCCUCUGGAGGGAACGCCAGAACCCUGGUCCGAGACUUCUGAUAACGAGGAGAUGUCAGAGAUCCCACGAGCCACUCGGAGACGCUCACUUGAUGAUGAGACUCCAGUCUCACAGCUGUCAGAGUACAGCUUCACCGGUCUUGACAUUCCAUCACCGGGGGGCUUCUUUGACUCGCUGGGUCCUCGAGCUCGUCACACCUGGUCUCUACCAAAUUUCAGCCAAGCACCCACGUCGGCCACAGCCGAGACGUUCUACAAUAUUCCAUUUUCGCGAGGCGAAGGAGAGAUCGUGGAACAAGUUAUCAAUCUUCCGGAUAGGUCGAACGACGAGCAAUUGACUGCUGUAUACGCGCCGCCGACUGCAGUCAGAAUCCCAGAGAGCCCUGCGCAUCCGCCAACGGAAGGCUCAAUAAGCCCAGUCUCCGAAGGCGUCCAUGAGCUCUCGAGACCCGCUACCACGUAUGAUCCAGAUGAACAGGAUGAGACUUAUGCCGCGGAACUGCAAAAGAAAGCAAUGUCAAGCUUGGAUAGGACCAGCGUUUGGCUGGCAGCCCAGGCCUCGUAUCUUGCAGCACUCAGCGAAACGAACCCAGUGAAUAGCAUUGCGGAAGAAGACGACCAGAUUUCCGAUGUGGAUGAGCAGAGUAGUCAAAAGGCCUCUUCGCCCCAACUUAGGCGGAAGAGUUCUGUGCAUUUGAACUCCGAGCCGUUACCGGAACCUCCCAGCUCUCUUCCUGCCAUCCAUGCGAGCAAAGAUUCGAUCUACUGGCGUGGUUUCAAGUUUUUGUUGGAUCAGUCUCAACGUCGGGAUACCUUCGUGCACCGCGCGACUCGGUUUGAUGCCGUGCAAUCUACCCGCCAGGGUCUGUCCGGUGUGCACAACAAGUGCCUUCGUGGAAGCUACGAACUGGUCCUUCCUGAGCGACCAUCCUACAGCGGUCCGUUCUCGCAGUCUCCCCGCAAAUCUGUCCUGGGUUCAGUCCUGCAAGAGAAAGCCCAGUUUUCCAUGGUUGAGAAGGAACAAUUGGUUCUUUCGCAAUUAAGCCAACCGAUGUGGGCCAUGGAAGCCUUGAGGUUUUUGAAUGCCGGCAGGCUUGUUGCGAGCCCUGCUCAAAAGCGUCUUUCGCGGAGUAAUCCAGGCACAGCCGGACGAAAGAAUCCCAAGCGCCGUCAGCUUAGGGUUCUCGAUCUGGGUGGCCAUGCUACGGCGGAGUGGGCUUGGCAUCUCGCGCACGAGUAUCCUAAUGUCAAGAUUUACACAGUCUACACUGAGUACCAGCAAGUCAACAAGGCCAUCAAGGGUCCUGAAAACCAUCGCCAUAUCCAAGUGUCCCAGCUAUGGAAGCUUCCGUUCUCUGACAACAAGUUCGACAUCAUCUCGGCUCGCUCCCUCCCUGCUUUCCUUAAGACCGAACGCCCGGCGGGAGAAAGCAUUGACGAGUACGAUCUUUGUCUUAAGGAGUGCUAUCGCUGCCUGAAGCCUGGAGGCUACUUGGAAUACCUCGUCAUGGACGCUGAGGUUUCCCGCGCGGGACCUUAUGCCUCUGCCACAUCCAUCGAAUUCGCCUUCAACCUCAAAAUUCGAGGUUAUGACCCGUUGCCCACAAAAAGCUUCACUGGUCGUCUACGGAAGCAAGACUUCGUAAACAUCAAGCGAGGCUGGAUGUACCUCCCCAUGGGCACUGAACCGCAGAAGCCCCAGGCCCCGAGAGAGACUCCUGACCCCAGGGUCAAGAGCCUUAUCGAGGACACUGAAGCCGUUCAAGGACCAUUGGGGAGUACAGCGGACAUCGCGCCAAUCACUGGCUUACUCGGCGGAUGGGUAUGGGAGCAGUGGCUUCUGAAACUGCAAGUUGAGAUGGGUCGCGGUGACACAAAGUUGCUCGAAGGUAUUGGAAGUGUGUUUGAUGAGGGUCGCAAGAAUGGCUCCGGCUGGACAUGCUUGUCCGGCUGGGCUAUGAAGCCCUUGCCAUCCAGAGCUUCCUCCGCCUUCCCAUCCGCAAUAGACUACCCCUCUAUAGCCCUGCACAACCGGAAUCAUGCUCUUCUUCAGACCCUCACGAACCAAGUCGUCACGAUAGAGCUCAAGAAUGACAUCCGUAUCCGGGGGACUUUGAAAUCAGUCGACCAAUACCUCAACAUCAAGCUCGACGAUAUCGAUGUUUUAGACCUGGACAAAUACCCUCAUCUAUCGUCGGUCAAGAACAUGUUCAUUCGUGGUAGCGUGGUGCGGUAUAAAGCGGACGGGCCGCCACAAUCGACCUCGAGACAGGCCCGCAUUACACAGUUUACUGCGCAGGGAGAAAGGCCGGGUAGCCGCGUUACGACUCCGCGGCCUCGAUUGUUAAAGAGGGAAACUAGUUCGACAAAUGGUGGUGGCGAGGAGGGAUUGUUCUUGGGGGAUAGCAAAAGAGCCAAGAACGCUGUGGAUAAUGGGAGUCCGAGAGGGAAGGAGAGGUCUCGCACACCGGAUGAUAUUUGGGGAGAGGAGGAUGUUGAUAAUGGGAAAUCAUUAGAGGACGAGGACAGAUAUAAUGAAAAUGGAUCUGCCGUGAAACGACAGAAGAUGGAUUCAACCCAGACGGAUUCUUCCUCGGCGGAGAAAACGGCAAAGAAGGCGCAGAAAGCCAGCGGCCCCUUUAUUGAUGAGUCGGACAGUGAGGAUGAAGGACUGGAGGCAUUUAGAGAUCUAGGGGAUGGAGACAACCAAGAGCAGAUUUUGGAGAAGAAAGAUGUGGAGGAAUCAGCGACGCCCUCAGACGGAGAUCAAACGGCAAGGAAACGGACUUUCGCCGCCGACGUACCACCGCUGGUAAGAGAAGCCACGAGCCAUAUGCAAGAUGAUGAAUACCCGGAUUUUGACGAUAUAGAAGGCGAUGAAGUCGAAGGGGAAGAGCUUUGUUUAGGUGCUACAGAUGGAGAUGAAGUUAGAGAGUGCGAGGCCGCCUUUGAUUUCGAUGAAAAUGAUCUGUCCACGGAUACUCCCAACAUAGAUGAAACGUCUACCUGUCCAGUAUGCCAGGGAAGCUUAGAAGGCGUUGACGAAACAAACGCCAUGGCGCAUGUCAAUGAUUGUCUCGAUGGCAAACCUAGCACGGUCCUGCCGAAGACACCAAGUACAGAUGUUGGGCCGUCUGCGCAGAAAGUAUCCUUAGCGGAUCGUGCUGCCGUGGCCAGGCCAGCACAACGAGAUCCUGUCCAGUCCAAGCCACCGAGAGCUUCUUCCGCAUUCUCGAAAAUAAUGACGGCUAAUGCUGAAGACACCGCAUGGGCGGAGGCAGCAGCAAGCGAUGUUGCAUCACGAGGCAAACAAGCUUACCAAAGAACUUGCCCGUUCUAUAAGAUCAUCACAGGAUUCUCAAUAUCAGUGGACGCUUUUCGUUACGGCGCAGUGGAAGCAUGUAACGCAUACUUUCUAAGCCACUUCCACAGCGAUCAUUACAUGGGUCUUUCGAAAUCCUGGCGCCACGGGCCGAUAUAUUGCAGCAGACCGACGGGUAAUUUAGUCCGUCAGCAACUCAAGGUCGAUCCAAAGUGGAUAGUUGACCUUGAGUUUGAAAAGAAGACUGAAGUUCCCGGAACCGGGGGAGUGCAAGUAACUAUGAUUGAGGCCAACCAUUGCCCUGGAAGCGCCAUCUUUGUUUUUGAGAAGGCCGUGAGCUCUGGACCCUCCACAAGAAUCCAAAGGGUUUUGCAUUGUGGUGAUUUCCGAGCAUCUCCACAACAAGUGAACCAUCCUCUUCUUCGUCCAGAUGUUAUUGACCCGAAGACGGGUAAGAGUUGGCAGCAGAGAAUUGAUGCUUGCUAUCUUGACACAACCUAUCUAAGCCCAAAGUACGCGUUUCCGAGGCAGUCAGAUGUUGUGAGCGCAUGUGCUGAGCUCUGUGAGCACAUUGAUCAGGGCCAAUAUGACAGCGUUGGCCACUUGCCGUUUCAGACUGGGAAUAGUAAACCCAUAUCAAAAAAUCCAAUCAGCCAAUUUCUCUCGUCCGCCGCUACUGUUGUCAAGGCUCCUUCCAAAACCGAAUCAAAGCCUAAAGACCGAGUACUCGUCGUGAUUGGCACCUACAGUAUCGGCAAAGAGCGGAUAUGUCUCGCUAUAGCACGCGCACUAAAGAGUAAAAUCUACGCAACGCCCGCCAAACAGCGUGUAUGCGCCUGUUUGGAGGAUCCGGAGUUAUCUUCGUUGCUUACAGAUGAUCCCCUCAAAGCUCAGGUACACAUGCAAACUCUCUUCGAGAUUCGGGCAGAGACGCUCUGCGACUAUCUGGACUCAAUGAAGCCGCAUUUUACUCGGGUAGUCGGCUUUCGACCAACCGGAUGGACAUACCGACCGCCGGCCGGCAGGACGCUGGAGAACCCGCCCGUCUCAACCGUGCUCCACUCUGCACACUGGCAGACUCCGUUCUCGGUGCGUGAUCUUACACCGCAACGGGGGAGCACACGAGAGAGUGCUUGUUUUGGUGUCCCUUAUAGUGAGCAUAGCUCGUUCCGGGAAUUGACCAUGUUCUGCUGUGCUUUGCGUAUAGGCCGGAUUAUUCCAACAGUCAAUGUCGGCAACCAGAAGAGCCGGGAGCGCAUGAAAGCUUGGUUUGACAAGUGGGAAGCAGAGAAGCGCAAGAGUGGGCUGUUUCGAGUGAAGGGAUUACUGCAAGGAGGGGCCGUGAGGAUCUCCAGCGCCAAAUGGGGUCUAACGUCGUUGAAGAACAACCGACGAAAGUGGGCGGGGGAGCAGCGUCGGGGAUGUUCGCCCACCAUGAUUACUGAUAUUCUCAAACCAGACCUCAUCUCUCCAGAGAACUUGGCCUAUGCCCUCUUAGGCCUCCUGGCCACUUACUACGUCCUCCCAUACCUUGCGACAUGGAGAUUGAGUGAUAUCCCAGCCCCAGGUCUGGCUGCGUGGACCAACUUUUGGUUGUUACUUCAGACUCGCAAGGGUCAUCGGUUCCUCAGCGUCGAUGCUGCCCACAAGAAGCAUGGGAAGCUCGUUCGCAUUGCCCCUCGUCACGUCUCAAUCGCCGAUGACGCAGCUAUCCAGGCUGUCUAUGGACACGGAAACGGGUUUUUGAAGGCUGAUUUCUAUGACGCUUUCGUUUCCAUCCGCCGUGGUUUGUUCAACACCCGCGAUCGUGCGGAACACACCCGGAAGCGCAAGACCGUCUCCCACACCUUCUCUGCGAAGUCGAUCGGUCAGUUCGAGCAAUACAUUCACGGUAACAUCGAGAACCUCGUCAAGCAGCUGAGCCGCACCUCCGAGCUACAGCGAAACCCUAAGAACGGCUAUGCUACCGUUGAUGCUCUGAACUGGUUCAACUUUGUGGCUUUCGAUAUCAUUGGUGACCUUGCUUUCGGUGCCCCAUUCGGCAUGCUUGACAAGGGCCAGGAUAUUGCUGAGAUGCGCAAGAACCCUGACGACCCUCCUUCUUACGUCCGCGCUGUUGAGGUUCUCAACCGCCGUGGUGAGGUCUCGGCAACCAUUGGCUGCUACCCUGCUAUCAAGCCGUUUGCGAAAUACCUACCCGAUCGCUUCUUCCGUGACGGUAUUGAGGCCGUUGAGAACCUGGCUGGUAUCGCUGUUGCCUGUGUCAAUGAACGUCUCAAGCCCGAGGUCAUGGCCAACAACACUCGUGUGGAUCUUCUUGCUCGCUUGAUGGAAGGCAAGGACGCCAACGGCAAUAAGCUUGGCCGUGCUGAACUUACCGCCGAGGCCUUGACCCAAUUGAUCGCUGGCUCUGACACUACCUCAAACACCUCUUGCGCCAUCCUUUACUGGUGUCUUCGCACUCCAGGUGUCAUUGACAAGCUCCACAAGUGCUUGGAUGAGACCAUCCCUAAGGAUAUCGAUGUUCCUACGCACGCAAUGGUUAAGGACAUUCCAUACCUGCAAUGGGUCAUCUGGGAAACCAUGCGCAUUCACAGUACCUCCGCUAUGGGUCUCCCCCGUCAGAUUCCCGAAGGAAAUGCACCCGUCGAAAUUAGUGGCCACGUCUUCAAGGGUGGCGAUGUCCUCUCCGUCCCCAGUUAUACAAUCCACCAUUCCAAGGAAAUCUGGGGCCCCGAUGCCGACGACUUUGUUCCCGAGCGCUGGGACCCCGCGCGCCUCACCCCCCGCCAGAAGGCUGCCUUCAUUCCUUUCAGCACCGGUCCUCGCGCCUGUGUUGGCCGUAACGUCGCUGAGAUGGAACUCCUUGUUAUUUGCGCUACUGUAUUCCGCAUGUUUGACUGGCAGUUGCAGCAGGAAGGGCCCAUGGAGACCAGUGAAGGUUUCCUACGGAAGCCUCUGGGCUUGAAUGUUGGUGUUAAGAAGAGAGCAAUUGUUUAA